GAAGCAGCGGUUGUAGCCAAUGGGGGCAGCCGAGGGCGCAGCGAGGGGGCGGGGACGGUGGCGGAUGGUGGUAUGGCGGUGGCGAUGGCGAGCGCCGUGGAGCGAACGGUGUUGGAAGAAGAAUUUAAAUGGCUUUUACAAGAAGAGGUCCAUGUUGUUUUGAAACAGCUGCAGGAUAUUUUGAAGGAGGCCUCUCAACGCUUUGCCCUGCCUGCCAGUGGCUUGGGAGGAGCUGUCAAGCAGGAGAACUUUGUGCUGAGCACAUCUGGCACAGACCAGGUGAAAGGAGUGUUGACACUACAGGGAGAUGCCCUAUGUCAAGCUGACGUCAGUCUGAAAAUGACCAGAAAUAAUCAGCUCUUGCACUUUACAUUUCGGGAAGACAAGCAGUGGAGAUUGCAGCAGAUCCAGGAUGCUAGAAACCACAUUAACCAAGCCAUUUACCUGCUUAUGAACAGAGAUGUAAACUACCAGUUCAAAACAGGCUCGGAGGUUCUCAAGCUUAUGGAUGCUGUGAUGUUACAGCUCUCAAGAGCUCGAAAUCGGCUUACCACUCCAGCCACUCUAACUCUACCAGAGAUUGCCUCCAGUGGUCUCGCAAAAAUGUUCACUCCUGCUCUGCCUCCAGACAUCCUUGUGAAUUUCUAUAUUAACCUGAAUAAGCUGUGCCUGACUGUCUACCAACUUCAUGUGCUGCAGCCCAGCACAACCAAGAAUGUCAAGCUUGCUGGAGGGUCCAUUUUACACAACCCUGGAGCCAUAUUUGAGUUUGGCAACCAGCGGUAUGAAGUCAGCCAUGUCCAUAAGGUGGAAUGUGUUGUCCCAUGGUUAAAUGAUGCUCUUGUCUUCUUCGCAGUUUCACUGCAGCUUUGCCAGCAACUGAAGGACAAGAUCUCUGUUUUCUCCAGUUACUGGAACUACAGGCCAUAUUAGUUCUCUGUGAAGUCUCCAAGCCUUUACACCACUUCCAGUGUCUUUGUUUUAAAUAUGCCAGCUGAGUCCAAGUCAACCUGAAGAGUGCUAUGGCUCACUACCUACCCUGUGGCUCUCCAUAGGGUAGGGUCAGUGUAUCCUAAGACACAGCUUUAGUAGCUUUGUUUGGAGCUGCUGCAUAAACAGGUCACUAAGCAAUGCUGUGUCAUUGGCAAGAGAUUGCUUCUGUCUUUGUUCUCAUGUGCAUUGUGUGGUUUACACUUUCCAAGCCUCUGAUUAAUUACACUAGUCCAUUACAGGGGAUGGGGAGCUGUGGGCUACUCUAGCUGUAUUUGCACACAGUGCUGUAACUAACUGCUGGGCUGUGAGCUGCCUGGGAAGGGGUGAAGACAGGGUAAUUUAACACACCAUGAAAAGUGUAGGGCAUGUUGCUCCUUGCAGUGAAACAUGUUCUUGUGAUCUGCUCCAGAUGUGAUUACGACUAGCCCCAAGCUUUUCCCUCUUCUGUCUGUUCUGUCCAUGCUAUUGAUUCCCCUCUGGGGAUAGUCUGCUGAGUUUUGGUCUUUUUUACCUUCCCCUGCCCCCUGGCAUUAAUGUGAUAAUAUAUUUUUUUCCUAAGCCCUGGUUUGUCCAAUUAUUUUUUUCCAGGUUUAGUAUCUUGUUUUCACUGCCAGCCUUUGGAGUUGCCUUGAUACCUUGAGCACAGCUGUGCAGUCUCACAUCCUGUUAUUAAACCCAAAGUGAGUAGCAUGUGGCUAUUACAGUUCUACAAUUUAUUGCCUACCUAUGGAUGCUACAGUAUGUAACUCAUCCUUCUAAGCUUUGGAAACUGUAAAAUAAAGAUAAUCGACCUGCCAUGUUCCUGUGGGCUGUCAGUGCUGAGAAUGAAAGAGUA